GAGGUGGCCCUCCUGAGAGGAGCCAGGGCCAUUUCACCAGAGUAUAUCAUCUUUCUAAUGAGGAAAGACAAGAAAAAAAUUACGGCUUCUCAUCAGGUACAUGCACUUCAGAGACUACAAAUCCAGAGUUCUCAAAACCAUCGAAGAUGAAGAUCUGCUGGAUUCAGACAAAUACAGCAGCAGCAGCGUCAACAAGAGACAGCGCCUGCUGCAGGACUUCAUGAGCUCCAUCGGCCAGACCGGGGAAUUCCUGUCGCUGGUGGAGGAAGAGGAGGUGGAUGAAGUCAAGCAGGAGCGGCUGGAGAGAAUUGAGAGGAUGACCAGAAACAUGGAUUCCAGUCAGUACAGUGAUUUCUGUGAAAGUCGACAGCUGAGUUUCUCUAAGAAGGCCUCAAAAUUCUGCAAGUGGCUGGACUGCAGCAGUCUGGAUGUGAAGCCCAACGCCAUGUCCAUGGAGAUCCUGUCCUAUCUGGCCUACGAGACGGUGGCCAAGGUUGUUGACCUUGCCCUGUUGGUUAAACAAGAUUCCAAGACUCCCAAAACAGACGAUCCGUUUCAACACGCCAUAUCAGCAACUUUCAUCCAGUACUGCAACUCCUCGGCUGAGGCUACAAGCACCAAAAAGGAGACGGACUCUCCGGAAAGCAUGCCGCCGUCCACUCCCAGCAGCUCUCUGACGGGACACCAGGGAAAGAUGCACUCCAUGGCCCAGGGCAACGGUGGGCCGAACCAAGAUGGCAGCAGUAAGAUCAAACAGAGGAAGAGGAAGAAGAGCGUGGCGGCCUGCGGCGCGGAGGCUCCGAGCAGUGCCAUCCAACCAGCCCACAUCAGAGAGGCCAUCAGGCGCUACAGCCACAAGAUUGCCCCGCUCUCCCCCUUCUCAGCCGUGAGCGUGAUCAGUUUACAGUGGGCCACUCGCAGACGCCAGCACAGUGGCAGCGGCCGCGCUCUAAUGAGAGCUGACAGACGUGACAGAAAGAAAAUGUCACAGCAGAGCUGUGAAAAUAAACCGCUGCACAUGAGAAACCUAAGCUCUGAGCACCUGCUUUCUGACUCAGGGAAAAGAGCAACAUCUUCCAAACAUCUCCUUCUGAGUUGCACAGAAAAUGGAAAGCUGUACGAGUUAGAAAUGACAUGAUGGGCUGUCAGUUCAGAGUGUUUGGACUGCAGAGACGAACUGAAAUCCCAGAUCUGGAUGCGCUCCAUCAGGGACCCAAUAAAGGCUUUGAGUAAUGAACGCAGCGCUUCCUGCACCAGACUUUUAUUAGGCUGCGCUCAAGUGCACCAAGUCUCACCAUGAGCUUCAUCCGUUUCCAUGUUCAGCAGACUCCGUGGCUCCCGUUAGCCUCGGACGUCACCGAUUCGCACAGCCUGCCAGAUAAUAACCGCACGUUAUGCGCAGGUCAGUUUUCAUUCUGAUUACAAAUCAGUUGUUGUAUUAAGACAUCCUAUGAACUUCUGUCCGACUGCACACGGGGAAGAAAUGAUGAUGAACGUCGGCUCCGGUUGCGUCUGGCCCGUUGAAUCGGGAGCGUCACGAUGCCAUGAAGUCAUUGCAAUCAUCUGAUCGUCUAGAUCCAGCGUUAGUGCUCUUUCUCAAAACGAAGUGAGCAAUGUCAUUUCUCGAACAUUUCCAUUUGAUGUUGUUGUGGCCAUGAUUAUGACUAGUGUCUUUAAAUGUCUGAAACACAAAGCAGAUUCUUGCAACAGCCUCAUAAAUCAUCAGGAAAGUUAUUGACUAAUAUGGAGUCUCGAAGUGGGGCAGAAAGCCGCUUGGGAAAGCUGCGAAGGGCUCGUAAAAUGUGUAACUUCUUGAAAAGGGGCGGCUUUUCUCACUCAGCACAAUCGCUUUCCCCCGGCCGCUUCUUCCCAACGUUUGUGUGAGUUUCCCAUAAGUGACUCGCGUAGAGGAACGCAAUGACUGCAGACGACUGGAUAUUCACACCUCAGUGGCUAAAUCAACUGGCAGAAGGAGAGGCUUCCUGAGCAGGUGUCUGGAUUUUCACAGGUCUGGCGUGUCGCGUCCCAGCAGAGUUCACGAUCCUCGGGUUCCAGGCGCGCCGGGUCUCGCUGUCACGUAUCAAACCUGAGCAGAGCUUUUAGCUGCACUAGUUUGAUUUAAUGUGUUGUUGCAUUCAUAAGUAGGCCUACUGCAAAAAUGCAAUGCAUGAUAAUUAUUUACAGCAUGUGCAUAAAGCAUUCUACAUUUGCAUACUGCAUGUUUCUCGUCUAAGGCAGGACAGAGUCCCUAUGGAGGAUUCUUCAUUUAGAGCCAAACACGGUGUGACGGAGGGUCACGUGACCUGUCUAAUAAACAUGUCCAGUGCUCUCAAUGGGUCACGGAUGAGAACAGGCUUUUAAAAUACCUUCUCUCUGUUUUGGAGUGAUGUGGCCAAUAGAUAUUGGAGCGAUUUACACCGAAGUUAUUGAAUAAAGUCGUCUUUCACUGAGCUCUGAUUGAUAAGGAUCUCAGAGCAGAACAGACUCUGUGGAUAUGAACACAGAGAACAGUCUGACCAGGACGAAGAGCCCGGUGCAUUAUGGGAUGCUUGUCCAUAUCAGCGUCAAAUUUCCGAUGACCAAUAUAUAUAUAGCCCAUAGCCUAUAUUGAUGGCAUUUUUAAUUAACAACCAGACUGAUGUCUUUGGAAAAGCUUUAUUUUGAUUAUCCAUGAGAGUAAUUUCAUAUUUAAUAUUCUGAUUGUAAUCAGAGUCCGCAUAGGUAUCCAAAUAUAACUUACUGUAUGAUUUGAUCUAACUUGCCAUUACCACAUAAUUGAAUUCCAGCGAAUUCUCGGGAAGUCUUCAUAUUGAUAUAAUGUUUCCAUAACAUUAUCAUGCAAUAAGCUGCCCGUUAUUUAACAUGUUAAACCUGGAUGAGUGUAAUUUGAUUGUGUUUGCGAAGUCGAAGUAGCGUGAAAGGUGAUUAUUAUAUAUACUGUCCUUUAUAAAGCUUUUGGAAACUAACAAAGAAAUGGCUUUAGUACUGAUUUCGUUUUAAGGAUCAGUGGUUUGUAAAAAUACGCAACAUGUGGACAUGGCUAAUUGCUAAAUGAACAAAGAAGUGAGAUGUAUAAUAAUAGCGUGUCGUUCUCACGCUAAUGAACGCAGCCGCGAGCUAGCCAGUACUAUCAAAGCAUGUGGGGCAAAGAAUAUGUUUGUUCAUCCGCAGCCUGACUAAUUAUACGAAAAUAACAGCCAAGAUGGAACAGCAUACCUUUUCUUCAGAAAGAAGGAGAAUUUUUGCUUAGCUUGGCAUUUGAAACGGCUUCUCGAUAUUUGACACCUCCGCAAAGUCGUUUGUCAAACUGAACCGUAGCCGCGUCCAAAAGCCCAGAGCACAAAUACAGCACUGAGCACCUGGGUGUCUUGAUGCUUGACAAGAAACAGCCCACAGCCUAAAAAAACCUUCAGCAACCCUCUGUUCCUUUAAACAGGUGGUCCCGGGGCAGGCCGUGUUUACAGUGAUGUUGAGAACUCCUUCAGUAGAUUAACUAGUCUGCGAGGAGCGUAACGUGCAGCUCGAGUUUGCAUAGCAAACCGUCUAACGCUGUUUGCAUUUUACACGUGUUCACUUUAUAAAGCAAUAUA